UUUGGACUUACCCUAAAGGGUAUAUAUAUAUUAAACGAAUUCCGGAGGAACCACAAACAUGUCUCGCGUUUCGAAGCGGGUCUACGAGGCCAAGACUGCCUAUCCGGAUCGCACCAAGUCCGAGGAGAAGUCCUUCACCGAGGUGAGUGUGCCGAUCAAGAAGCUGGACACGGCGCUGCUGCUGCUGAGCUCCAAGGAGGAGUGCGUCCUGCUGACCGUCUUCAGUCACAUCACGGACUUUGCCCGCCGCCAGGAUGCGAAUGUCCUGGAGCUAAGGGCCCAUCGCCUGCUGGAGCUGCUGCUGGAGAAGGAUCUGUUCAUCGACUCGCCCAACAUAAUGAUCCGCCGCUUCGCCCUGUACCUGCUCACUACUCUGCUGGACAACGUGGACAUGUCCAGCUUUGAGCCGGAGCAGACGGACCAGAUCCUGGAGCUGGCCUGCAGAUUCUACCUGAUGGAGAGCGACGAUUUCUGCAUCGAAUACUUGACCUACAUACUCAACGUGUGCCUGAGGGAUCCCCAGAUGGCCCAUGGCAUUGUGGAGGCCUCCGAUUUCCUGGACAAGUUCAAGCUGGUGUUCGUUAACUCCGAGAAUCCGGACACGGUGUUCAACUCGAUUGAGGCCCUGCACCGGAUGCUGCUGGUCCAGAGUGCCGAGCAGAUGCUGGACUUCACCACCCAGCCGGACUUUCCGGUGGAUCGGAUCAUCUGCGAGGUGACCAACGAGUUCCAGGAGAUCCGCAAGGCGGCCCUUAAGACCUUGAAGACUUUGCUGGCGGACACCGGGGAUGACAGUGUCUUCGAGCCACUGCAUCGCUGCUUCUUCGUACUGGAGCAGCUGGUGAAGGCCUUCUGCGAGAAUCCACGCGGAUCGGAGGCGGCCGAUAUCAUCGAUGUGCUGGCCACAGCCCUGCGCUCCGAGAAGAUGACCAAGCUGUUCUUCGAGCAGAACCUCUUCGACCUGGUCGUCGAGCAGGUGCGUGGCCACAUGGACCUCAUGCCGCUGGAGAUGCGCUGCACCAUCAUCUCGAUCUUCGCGGAGACGGCGCAGUACGAGCAGUUCCUGCCGCGCAUGCACAAGGCCGAGAUCACGGACAUGUUCAUAAGCUGCCUGAUGCAGAACAAGCCGGCUCCGGCCGCCUUUGUGAUCCAGGGCCUGCACCGCAUGUCCCAGUAUCCGGAGGCACUGCGUCGCAUUGUGGCCGCCUACGAGGAGGGGGCGAUCCGUAAGCUGGUCACCAUCCUCAUGUCCCCGGAGGUGGCCAUCAAGGUGCGGGAGCAGGCGGCGGAGCUAAUUGCCCGUCUGCUGGUGGCCGCCUUCCGGGACACGGCCGCCCAGUUGAAGGAGCAGGACAUAGCCGCCGUUCUCACGGCCGUCAUCACCCAGGGUCAGCCCACGCUAUCCAUAGAUCUCAUCCUCUCGCUGCUGACGAUCGUCGAGAGUCUGGCGCAGAACGAGGAGUACCGCACGAUCCUGGGAGCGUAUAGCUCCCUAACCGAACAGAUUGCCCAGCUCCUGAUGCGUUCCUAUGCCCACUCCAUCCUGGUGAACAACAUCUUCCGCUGCCUGUGCACUCUCAUCGACGAGGCUCCGGUGCGCGAGACCCUGCUGGCCAACUACAUUGUGUCCUCCAUCAAGCGAGCCCUGAAAUCCCUGUCCAAUCUCGUCAAGACCUCGGUGACCAACUUCAUUCUGCAGACCACGCGAUUCAAUGAGUUCAUAGAUGCCUACAUCGAUCGUGGUAUUUUGGAAGUAUUGUUGGAUUUCCAGAAGCAUGCCUUCUGCGUUUCCACCUGGGCACCGGCCAUCGAGAGCAUCCUGUCCAAGUGCCCCACGAUGAAGUUCGCCAUCCGCAACGGCCUCAACUUUACGGACAUCACGGCCGGCAAGGACUUUUAUGUGUCGCGCCGGAAGUUUGAGGACUUCCGCAGCUUCCAGGACAUCCUGCGCAACGAUUGUUCGCCCCUGGAUGCCGUGCUGGUGGUGAACUUCGAUCGUCCCAAACCGGAUGCCACCGAUGUGAUCGACGUGCCAUUGCGUUGUAUGCACACGGUGUCGGAUUCGCCAGGAGAUCAGAGCUGGAACUACUGCAAGCGACCCGGAGAUGUCCGCUUGCCGCAGUACUUGGAGGCCCUCAAUCAGACGCUAGCGAUCCACGGUUUGGUGGAGAAUCCCGAGCGGAUUCGUCGCUCCGUUGACUUCGACAACGUGGCUAAGCGGAGCAAGCUGAUCGCCCAGGCGGUGUUCGCCGUCAUGAAUGAUAAUCUCAAGAUUGUGGACCUCAACUCGACUGAGGAGUGCAGCCGGAAUACGGUCCGCUGUCAUCUGCAAGAUCUGCGCCAAGUGCUGCACACGAACUUCAUCCCGCUGGGCAUGGUGCGCAGUGGUUGCCAGUUCGAGCGGGCCGUCCUCUUCAAGGGCCUGGCGGACCAGAUCGGCCUCCCCUGCACCCUGCAGCGCAGUGUGGACGGCCGGAUGCUGUACAACGAGGUGCCGCUGCCCGUGGAGCCGGAGAAGGAUGUGCACUGCGACAAGAAGACGCUCAAGUUCAUGCCCUGGCGCAUGCUGCGACCCACCCACGUGGUGGACCUCAUGUACAACGUGGGUGACCUUUAUCCGAUGCAGAGUCGCCAGGCGCUGCAGUACCUCAGACUCUACUAGUUUCCAGUUUCUGAGUUAUCUCCAAAUUACCCUGUUCGACAUCUGCUGUAAGAGAUUUUAGUAAAAUAAUUUCAUCG